AUGGAUCAGACUUUGGAGCUUGUGGAGGCAGCGGGUCUGGCCACGACUCAGGGGACACCCCCUGACACCUCCAACGAUACAAUACUACAAUCCAUAGUGGAGGUGAAAGGAUUCCUGGUGGCGGAAAUCACACGCACAGCGGCAGAAGUUAAGGCCGCUAUAGGGACCCGCACCACAAUCGUGGAACAACGCAUGGCCAGAAUGGUCAAGGCCCACAAUAGCAACACAGCCUUUACCAAUGCAUUACAGAUCCGGAUCACUGAUCUGGAACUUGAAAUAGAAGAUAUCUCCAACAGAGCACGCCGCAAUAACUUGCGCAUACGUGAACUACCGGAGACGGUCAGCAACGAGGAUCUGGAAAUGGAGCUGGUGAGCUGCUUCCGACAGGGCCUGCCCAACAUACCCGAGCACAUGUGGUGCAUUGAUAAAGCCCACAGGGCCCUUCGUGCCAAAGGCCCCAACAACAGCCCUCCUAGAGAUGUCAUCAUAAAAUGGCACUACUAUAAAACAAAAGAAGCUAUCCUCAAGUACUGCAGAUUGCACCCAUACACAUGGGAAGGCACAGAACUGCAACUGUACCCAGAUGUAGCACCGGCAACACUACAGCGACGGAAGUUGGACUGCUUGGGGUUCUGCUUGGACUGCGAUUGGUUAGAGUCUGGGGUCCUUCAGUGUCGGUUGUAG